AUGAACGCACCGAUUGUUGUUGGCAUCGACAUGGGGACAUACGGCACUGCCGUCUCCUACUCAAAGCCUCUGAAAUCGAAUCCCAACCGUUGCGGGACGGUUUUCACAACAUCGCAGUGGCCAUCUGGCGGACCCGAAACCAAGGUCCCUACGCGAAUUGCGUAUAGAAACGAGAACCACGGACACUUUGGCUUUGGCAACGAUGAUUUCGUUUGGGGAUUUCGCGUCCAACCAGGCAUGACUGCCUCCUCUUGGUUUAAGCUGCACUACAACCGCGCUGCAGCCUUCACCGAGUACAGCGACCAAAAGAUGAAUGGGGGCCUGGAACCUGGGCCUAUAACGUGGCCCGAAGCCACGAUCAGUUCCUUCGAGACCGCCGUCAAGCGGGCCGGAUUCGGGCAAAGGCCCAUCGACCAGCUUGACGGGACCACUGAGCCCGUGGCCGCGAUGUACUACAUGGCACCAAAGUUGGCAACUCAAUUGAGGGUGGGGGAGGGAGUGGUGAUAUGUGAUGUUGGAGGUGGCACCACCGAUAUUUGCAGCUUCCGAAUUACUGGCAACGGCGCCCGCUUUCAAUGGGAGGCGAUCCAGACGAACCACGUGGGAGGUCGGUGUGCAGGUGCUGCAGUGGACUGCCACCUGUACCGUCUGCUUGUUGAGCGCUUUGGCCCUGCGUUCCAAAACCUGCCAAUUGCCCUAAAGGCUCCCGGCAGCGCCUUGAUGAAUGCUUCUGAAGGCGUUAAGCGGGACUUUGCUGAAGGAUCGGGGGAGCCCCGUCAGUUACCCUUGCCCAUGGACCCGGGGUUGCUGCCAAACAGCCCUUACUACGACAGCAGCCGCGGGUUGAUACGUAUCACCCGGCAGGAUCUUUACGACUGCUUUAACCCGGUCAUAAACGAGAUCAUCAAGCUAGUCAAUCUCCAAUUUGGACUGACCGAGAUGCAAGCCCCCUCGCUCAACAUCCGCCGGCUCGCUUUCGUCGGCGGGCUACUUAACUCCAGUUAUGUACGCGGCAGACUGGGCGUCGCGUUCCAGAACCGACCCCUACUUGAAGUUGUGAUCCCUGACCAGCCGUACGUCUGCUUCCGCCUCGUCUUGUCCAAACGCUCAUCUUUCCACAGCCAGCUUGCCGUUACCAAAGGUGCUGUCCUAUACAAGACGGUCAACUGAGGCACUCGGUAGGUGGAGUGUCGCUUGUGUCACGGUCAGUGUUGGGUUCCCGUUCAAGUUGUCGCAAACUCCUGCCUCUCCGUGGUCUUGUUUCGUCGCUGCCAAUGGUUCCUUGUUAAAUGGCGUCGUACCGCAAUGCGCCAAGGCAUUCGCAGUCUAGCUGUUAGAGACCUGAACACGUUCGUUGAUCGUUUUGCUCA